GACGACGACAGCUUCGAUGAUGAUGACAAGCCAAAGUGCGUGGAUCAGACCUUCAUGUGCAACAAGAUCUGCUACGGAUUCAAGUUGGAGAAGGCGCAGUUGUACUGGUGCCUCCACCGGUGCCACUCGAAGUUCGUCCAUAAGCUCAAGCCUGGACUGGACAACUACUGUUCAGAGUGUGGAAAGUUCUAUGGACCUCCUCCGAAAACCACGACCACGACGACUCCCGGGCUCCCUCCAGUCAAUCCUACUUGCCCCUUCUUCACCACAACCACAACUCCGUUCCCUACUACCACCACACGGAAGCACCCAACGGAUGACGAUGAUGGUGGCCGGCGCCGCCGCAUCAUCAGCAGCCGCCGCCGCAUCAUCAAGGGCGAUGACGACGAUGGCAGCAGCCGCCGCCGCAUCUUCAAGGGCGAUGAUGACGAUGGCAGCAGCCGCCGCCGCAUCUUCAAGGGCGAUGAUGACGGUGGCAGUCGUCGCCGCAUCGUCAGCGGGGAUGACGACGAUGGAAGCCGGCGCCGCCGUAUCUCCGGGGGUGAUGAUGACUAG